CCCAUCAGCACCAAUAAAUAAAUAAAACCGUAUUACACACAAAAACCACCUACAAACACGCCAGGCUGGCCGACAAGGGGGCCCCACCCCCCCAGAUACCCACCGCUCAAGCCGAUGCAUUCCGAGCCUCUCUCGCUGAAACCCAGCGAGGCCACGAGGCCACGAGGCCAUGAGGCUCCGACGAAAAGUUUUCGGUGCCGUGUCCCGCCUGCAGACGACGAACCCCCCCGGGGGGUGCCUCUCUAUUCUUAGCCUUCUUUUCUGCGUACCAAAGUUUUUUGCCUGCUGGGAAAUCUUUGUAUUUUUAUUUCCGUUUUCCACUCACAGUUCUUCUUGUUUGCGACCGAAUACCCCUCCCUCAUACCCACGUUUUUUUAGUUUGGAAACCAACUCUUUUUUCAGCACAGGCGUUGGUACGAAAAGGACGGGCGAACGGACGGGAGGACGGACUCGAGGCAGCGGAACGCUCGGAAUGGGGGGAGAACGAACCAUCACCUCUUUUUUUCUUGUUGAUAUUCUCAAGUCACUGGGGUUGUACCAAAAGACUCGCUUCGCCGCUCAGUUAAAAAGAAAAAACAAUCAUAAAAAUCCAAUAAACACUGUUACAAAGAAAAAAAAAGUACUCUACCUACCCUAGGUGUGGAACACAAAGGAGUCGCAUGACAAGCGGAGGACGCCGACAUGCUCAAAUUCUCCUCAUACCAAAAUUUUGCCCAAAUCUCCCGGCGCACACCAGCCAAGCGUGGGGGCA